AUGUCAAGAUCGACCACAUCAUCACCGUCAUUGCCAAGUACACCACAACGAUCACAUCAUUCCAUGAUCCAUCAUCAUCAUCCUCACCAUGACAAUGACGAGCAUGACAUGGAGACACUUGUUCAUGAAGAGACACCAACCACCACCCAUCCAAAAACAACCAUUUCCACUCCACUCUCAGUCGUCUCUGGAUACUCCAUUACCAUUCUCGGAAUUCAAAUGCUCAAUCACAUUUUCAACUCGUAUUAUGUUGAAACAUUUUUAUUUAUUCACAAAUUACCAUCUUCUUAUUUUUAUAUUGGACAAUUUCUAUUUGCUAUAUUCAAUGCUAUUAAUGAUCCAUUAUUUGGAUAUAUCAGUGAUGAAUUAAUUUAUCAUCAUGGUAUUUACAAAAAAUACACUCGUCAACAAAUCAUGUUGUAUGGAUGUCCAUUAUUAGUAAUCUCUUUUUUAUUGCCAUGGAUUCAAUUGAGAAGUUUAUUUGAACCUUACUCGAAUGGCAUGGGUGAUUUCAUUGCUCUCAUUCAAUUCAUACUUGCAUUAUUUUUAUGGGAUAGUAGUUUCACAUGGGUGGUAUUGAAUCAUUGUGCAUUAUUACCUGAAUUGACUGAAAGUGAUAAAGAAAAGGGAAGAAUUAGUACUGCUGUGAGUGUGUGUAGCGUAUUAGGAUCUCUCUUUUUAUUGCCAACAUUUUAUUUAUUUGAAAGACCUAAUUCUCAAGAAUCUUCAUAUUCAGGAAAUUUAUCAUCGUUUCGAUUGUAUUGUACCAUUGUAGCCAUUUUAUCACUUGGAAUUUUAUGGUGUGGAAAUUAUCUCAUUAAUCGAGGAAUGGAAAUGAUGAGAAGAGGAGAAUAUUCUCUCAUUGGUAGAACGCGUUCUGAGGAUGCUACUACUGCUGCUGAGGAUGACCAUGAUGACACCACAUCAACAACUACUGCUUCAUCCUCUCCAAGAUUGGUCCAUAAUUCUGAUUCACAAUUACAGCAACAGCAACAACAUGAUUCACUUGUAUAUCGCAUCCAACGAGUGGUACAAUUUAUCAAGAGCUAUUUAUUGGAUUUUUUCAAAAUAUUCAAACAACUUGUCACCUUACGUAAUUUUGUAUUAUUUGUUGCUGUGAAUUUUAUGAAUAUUUUCACAGUGGCAUUAUUUGAUUCGUUCAAAGUGAGAUAUAUUAGAUAUUAUGUACAACCAUGGAUGAACAGUCAAGUCAACUCGAAUGACAGUACUCAAAAUUUUGCCUCUAUUUAUUUAACAUUUUGUACAUUUAUCGCAGAGUGUUUUGCAGUUUUGAACAGUUAUCUAAGUAUUCGCUAUUCAGCAUACUCUCUAUUGAGAAAUACUUUUAUUUUCAGAGCAGUAGUGAGCUCGAUGACUUUACUUUUAUUUUUGAUCUUUGUCAGUGAAGAUCAUUUGAGAGGAUCCAUGCUACCUACUCUCUUCUUAUUUGUGAAUUUGAUUGUUUUAGGAAGUGUGGGUCGAUUGUUGGAAAUUAGUCUCUCAAAAGUUGUGGAUGAAGAUUGUUAUUAUUACAAGAGAAAGGAAAAGAAUAGUGGUAAUAUUUAUGGUAUUAAUGCAUUGUUAACAAAACCUGCAUUUUCUUUGGCACCUUCCAUUGCAGCCCUCUUUAUUGGAAAAGAUGAUUCAUCAAGUUCCAAUGGUUCAAUGCCAACACUAUUUUAUUUGUUUGUGAUUGGCAACUUAGUUUGUGCGUUGUUGCAAUUAAUAUUGUGGAGGUUUUAUACUUUGAGAGGUGACACCAUUGCACCUUCAUCCUCAAAUGCAUCACCUCCAGGAGCAAUACGAAACAACAAUGAAAAAUAA